UCCGUACACUGUCUAGUAUCCUCUGCGCAUCGUAAUGAAGAACUUGGACCACAUCUACCACCACCUCAACGCGUACUCAAGCGACAACACAAAUGGCAGGGAAAUUUGACCCGCAGAACGCACAGAAUCUCAUUGAGAUCGAAAAACAGUUCGCUGUCAAAGCCGUCGAGCAGGCCCAGACAUACUGGAAACUCCUCGAAAAGGUCCCACCACGGCAGCUUCGUCUCACCAAACUCGAUGAUGAGAUAUUCGAACACACCCUCAAGGCCUUCCCCGAGAUGGCUUCGGAGCCGUAUGACAAACUGACCAAGCUCGACGAGGAUUGGAUGAAGAGCGAAGAAGGCAAGGGCCGCUGGCGAGCCUUUAUGCAAACAUAUGAAAAGAAGGUCAAGGACUACAAUUUUGGCUCGCUCAUCCGGACGGACGCUCGGGAAGAAUAUGGCGAGAGGAACACGAUUUUCGUAACCCGUAUACAAUUCUACGCCAUCGAAAUCUCCAGGAACAGACUUGGACUGAACGACGCCGCUCACGAAGUAGCCAAAGUCUUGGCUGACAAAGAGAGGAGAGCCGAGGAGGAAAAGAAGAAGAAGAAGACAAAGUCAUCAUAGGCAUUAACGCUAGUGCACUGGAUAGGUGAAAUGUGUAUAUGCGACGCAAAACAUUAUCUAUCUACUCUGUUCCACCCAAAAACCCAUGUAUUAUCACCCCGGCUAUCAUCGCCUGUCGACGAUCCCCCAAGAAGUCCUCGUUAAUGGCAACUUCAAUUACUGGCCAGCUGCCA